AUGGUGGAUGAGAAGAAACCAGUGGACAACGACACUAUGCCUACGAUGGAGGAAGCUACGCCACAGCAUCAUGGCGCAGUCCCCAAUGCGCAACGGGAUAUUGAGGAAGAUAUCACUUACACGAAAGAUGUGCACUCCGAGAAGAGAGAACUACCAGAGUCGGACUCUCUCAAUAGUUGUGGCCAGAAGAAGGACGAGAAAGACGAGGAGGCAGGUGAAAACGUCCCUUCUCGGUCGUGGCGCCGCUAUCGCCCGUGGUUGAAGCAUGUUGUCUACGCCGUCAUCUGGCUUUUGUUCACCGGCUGGUGGAUUGCCGGUCUCAUCCUCCACCGGUAUGAUCUGGGCUGGUUGAUCCCAUUCUUGAUCUACCUCGCGAUUACUUUGCGCCUCAUCUUUCUCUAUGUUCCUAUUUCGAUUGUGACGAGACCGGUCUACUGGGUAUGGAACCAGACCGCUUCACGAUUCGUCAGCCUGAUUCCAGAAAAACUGAGAAUCCCCAGCGGCGCGCUCCUGACGAUUGCAGUGAUUAUCGUCGGCUCAUUCGCCUCACCGGAGUCUGCAGACAAUACCCGCGCAAACCGGGCCGUCAGUCUCUUUGGACUAGUUGUUUUCCUCUUUGCUUUGUGGCUUACCUCAAGAAAUCGGAAGAAGAUUAUUUGGCAUACCGUCAUCGUGGGAAUGCUUGUGCAAUUUAUCGUUGCACUCUUCGUCCUAAGAACCAAGGCUGGGUAUGAUAUCUUUAACUUCAUUUCCACGUUGGCCAGAGAACUCUUGGAAUUCUCCAAGCAAGGUGUGGACUUCUUGGUGGAAACUGGAUGGGCCAAUAAACACAGCAGCUGGUUCCUCGUUAGUGUUGUCCCGGCUAUCAUCUUUUUCGUGUCUAUCGUGCAGUUGCUCUACUACACUGGCGUUCUCCAGUGGGCAAUUGGCAAGUUUGCCGUAUUCUUUUUCUGGGCUAUGCGUAUCUCGGGAGCUGAGGCUGUAGUAGCAGCUGCAUCUCCCUUUAUCGGACAAGGCGAGUCAGCGAUGCUCAUCAAGCCUUUCGUUCCCUAUCUUACGAUGGCGGAAAUCCACCAAAUCAUGUGCUCCGGAUUCGCUACUAUUGCAGGAUCAGUCCUGGUGUCCUACAUUGGAAUGGGUUUGAACCCCCAAGCGCUGGUGUCCUCAUGUGUGAUGAGUAUUCCGGCAUCCCUGGCAGCAUCUAAGCUGCGUUGGCCCGAAGAAGAGGAAACCCUGACAGCUGGCCGUAUUGUCGUCCCCGAAGACGAUAGCCACAAAGCAGCUAACGCCCUCCACGCAUUCUCCAACGGAGCUUGGAUGGGUAUUAAGAUUGCAGGCAUGAUUGCCACUACGCUUUUGUGUAUUAUCUCCCUCGUAGGUCUCGUUAACGGCCUGCUGACCUGGUGGGGUCACUACCUGAACAUCUACGAACCGGACUUGACCAUUGAACUCAUUGUUGGCUACAUCUGCUACCCGAUUGCCUUCCUUCUUGGUGUCUCCCGCGACGGUGAUCUCCUGAAGGUCGCUAAACUCAUCGGAACCAAGCUUGUUAUGAAUGAAUUCAUCGCGUACGACUACCUGCAGAACAAAGAAGAGUUCCAAAGCCUGUCUCCCCGCUCCCGACUGAUCGCCACUUAUGCCCUGUGUGGUUUCGCCAACAUCGGUUCUCUCGGAAAUCAAAUCGGUGUGCUGGCCCAGUUAGCCCCCAGCCGAGCUGGUGAUGUUUCUCGUGUUGCCGUCAGUGCCAUGCUCACGGGUGCCAUCAGUACUCUGACAAGUGCGGCCAUUGCGGGUCUCCUAAUCACAAAUGAAAAGCAAUACAUCUCAUAA